GACGGUGACUGGACAGUGGUGGCGAGUGGCUACCAUGGCAGCGGGAUGCUGCGAAGGCCGCCAGAAAGUUCAAGGUGGGUAGGGGUUCCGUGGCCUUGGCCUUCAAGGCCACCUGAUUCAGUCAGCCAACUGAGGCACUCCGCCAACGAGGCAACACGAAGGACGUUUACAUGGAGAGCCCGAAAUCGCUUG